AUGAGCAAGGUGUAUAUCUUGCUCGCCGUUUGUGGCGUCACACAAAGUCUGUCACUGGGCAGCUACCAGUCUCCCGUGCACUCUUUCUUGAGCAGCAUAGGAUCUCCUUAUGAAAUCAAUGGACCUGGAGCGGAAUUCGCACGUUACAUCUCUUCAGGUUCUGCUGCGCAAAGAUUACCAGUUAAUGGAUUCGGUCUGUCACAACAGUACCAGGAACAAGAAGAUGGAGCUGACCCAAGUUUUAGUAAUCCGCUCCCGCCAGUCCAGACGCCUGCAGCACAAACGUGUAGUGUUCCACCGGCUUCAUGCCCAAAGUCCCGAUAUAGGUCCAUCGAUGGUUCGUGCAAUAACCUCGUGAGACCAACUUGGGGCACACCGGAAAGUGCUUACGGAAGAUUGGUGCCAUACAAGUAUGGAGAUGGUAUUAGUUCUAUACCUAGAGCUGCGUCUGGAGCAGAACUCCCUAAUGCUAGGGAAAUCAGUCUGAGGUUCUUCCAAGAUAGACAACUCAUUGACCCAAUAUGGACUUUGGUCACUAUGCAAUGGGGUCAAAUAAUUACCCAUGAUAUGUCUCUCACGGCUGGGGUGGCACAAACACACAAGGACUUAGUGACGUGUUGUAAUGACAACGGACAGUUGGCACCAAACGCAGCUAGCAAUCCUACUUGUGCACCAAUUUUGAUACCACCCAAUGAUCCAGUACAUGCACCGCAACGUACUCAGUGCAUGAAUUUCGUGAGGACCACUACCACUCUUGCUAGAGGAUGUUCACCGCCAAAUGUACCCGCUGAACCGAUAACGACUGUAACAGCUUUUAUGGACAUGUCACUCGUGUACGGCAGUACUGUUGCACAGGCAACGCCCAUCAGAGCCUUCCAAGGUGGUCGUCUUCUGACCCUACGACGAGGAGGUCGCGAAUGGCCACCACAAGACCCAAAUAUCACUCUCACUUGCGAGUCAGCACAGUCACCCAAUGAACCUUGUUACUUAGCCGGAGAUAUCCGUGUAAAUCAGAGUCCUCAGCUUGCUGUCCUACAAGUUAUGUUGAUGCGUGAACACAAUCGUAUAGCAGACAUCUUGGCGAGCCUCAAUCCCCAAUGGAAUGAUGAAACCAUUUACCAGGAAGCUCGGCGCAUACUUAUUGCCGAAUGCCAAAAAAUCAACUAUUAUGAAUAUUUACCUAUUUUGUUGGGUUUCGAAAACAUGGUAAAAAAUAAACUCCUCUAUCCUGGUGUACAUGGUUAUGUCAAUGAUUACAACCCAAAUGUAGACCCUUCAGUAUUAGACGAGCAUGCUACUGCUGCUUUCAGACACUUCCACACUCUUAUCAGGGGCUUCUUGAAACUGUUUACAGAAGUCAGGUCACUCUUAGGAACUAUUCGUCUCAGUGAUUGGUUCAACCGACCACUUAUACUCGAAAUUAAUACUGCUUUUGACGAUCUGGCUAGAGGUUUCACUGUUCAAGCGCAAGAUUACAGUGACCAGUGGUGGGAUAGUGAAAUCACACAGUUCCUUUUCAAACGUAAUAACACAUUCGGAAGUGACUUACGUGCGAUUGACAUCCAGAGAGGCAGGGAUCACGGUCUCGGGUCUUAUAUAGCAACUAGAGCCGCUUGUGGUUUACCAGUACCGAAAUCUUUCCACGACUUAUUGGACUUUAUAUCUCCAGAGAAUGUGCAAGGCCUACAGAAUACCUAUCAGAGUAUUUUGGACGUAGAUCUGGUAGUGGCCGGAUCUUUAGAACGGAACGUGCCUGGAGCAUUAGCUGGACCUACUUUCCUGUGUAUUCUCACCGAACAGUUCUAUCGUACCAGAGUCGGUGACAGGUAUUUCUUCGAGAACGGCGCCGACCAGGAAAUCGCCUUUACACCAAGUCAGCUCGAUUCAAUUCGUGAAGGAGCAUCCUUGGCGCGGUUGAUUUGUGAUAACACGGAUGGCGUUCGAGCCAUGCAGCUAAACGCUUUCCAGCGGGUCGGUAACAGCAAUCCCUUAGUGAGCUGCGAGGAGUUACCGUCCAUCGAUCUCACACUAUGGCAAGAAAAUAAUUAUGAAAAAAAGUAA